AUGCCGGCCCUCGCGUCCAGCAGCUCCGACUCCGAGGAGGACGAGGAGGAGCGCCGGCAGCGCGAGGCGCUCCUCUCGUGCGUUGUCACCGGCGACGAGCUGCGCCAGGCGGAGAGCGCUCGGGCGGAGGCGCGGCAGGCGCGGCAGGCGGAGCGGGCCGCCGACACCGGCUGCACGCCGCAGACGGGCUUCGAGAAGCACAGCCAGAACCGGCUGCAGGCGCUGCUCGAGCGCACCUUCGAGACCGCGGUGCAGCCUGGUGUCUGGGAGCCGCCUCAGCCGAGCCGCAGACGGAGCGGCUCAAGUAGCACGUCGGAGCUGCGGCUGUUCAGCGUGAGCGCCGCCGCAUUUCGGCACGUUCACCCGCUCGAGAGUGCGGCGGCGGGCGAUGGCGAUGGCGCGGGCGCGCCGAGCGCCGGUCGUGAGGGGGGAGCGGAGACAAAGGCGGGGAAGGGCGAGGCCGCCAACAGCCCAACGGCGGAGCGCAAAGCGAAGCGCAAAGCGGAGCGAAAGGCCGAGCGCAAGGCGGAGCGGAAGCGGGAGAGGAGGAGAGCGCGGGAGGGGGCCGGCGUGGGCGACGGGGGAGUGUGA